AUGUCCAUGUUGCCGUGCCGUGUGUUGUGUUUGUUGGUCAUUGUGCUCUGCUGUGUGGGUGUGACUCAUGCUGGUGCUUCAGGUCACGCGGAACGUGUUAAGGAAGCAGAAGCGAAGGUUGAUGAGACUUUGAGACUGAAAGAGGAGUGUGAAGAAGCUACCAAGGCUGUUACAGAGGCCGGGCUUGCAGCUCAACGUUUUGCUCAUGCCACUGAGAUUAAUCGCGUAGCAAUUGCUGCUGACCCAAAUGAGGUGAACAAAACAAAGAGUGAAGGUCUUAAAUUCAUUGAGAAUACAACGAAGGCUGCAAAGAAAGCAGAAGAAGUGCGCGACAGAACUACAGACAGUAUAAAGGAUACUCGAGACAAUUCAUUCAUCCUUGGUGCAAAAAUGGAGGAGGCAGAGCAAGCAGCUGAUAAUGCAGAAAGCGCGACACGUGAUGCUACCAGUGCUAUCGAAACUGCGGAAACUCAUAUUAAUGGUGUGAAGAAGGUCCUGAAGGAACUCGAAGACGCAGUUGCUGCAGCUGAAAAGAAAGAAAAGCAGGUGGAGGCUCAGCCACAGGAACAGACAAAUGAAACAUCUCUUGGUGAGCAGCAAGGCCAUACAGAAGGAAAUCAGACGGAGCAAACACAAGAAAAACAAAAACAGCACUACCGUUCUACUUUUACGAUUAAUAUCCACGGAGAUAAUCUCGAUGCCUUACUCAAUGGUGCAGCGAAUAAGAGUGGUAUGGCAUUAAAUGACGGCAGCAGCAGCCCUGCGUUACUGCGUAUUCCACUCCUGCUGCUGCUGCUCUCUGUGCUGGGCUGCAUGGCCGUGUGCUGA